AUGACUUUUAUAUAUAAUUUAAUAAGUUAUGGUAUUGUAUUUGGUGCAAUAUUCAAUCAGUUGCCAUAAAUUUAUAAGAUAUAUAAAAGCAAAAGCAUCUAAGGCAUAUCAUUUUCAUCUAUCUAUACAGAAGUAUUAAAAAAACUUAAAUAGACUCUUAUGUUAGUUUUUAAUAUUGCUUAUAAUAUGCAUGUAGGAACCAGUUUCUUACUCUACGGAGAAAAUGUCAUUUUAUACAUUGGAUACAUUGUCGUUAUACUUCAAUUUAGAUAUUACAGUUAAAAGCAGAGCGAUUACCAAAGAAAGUUGAGUUUUUUAGGAAUAAUUAGUGUGCUAUUUUUAUUUUAGAUUGUCCCUUCAAUUAUAUUUAAGCAUAGCAUAUAUAUUAACAUGAUUUUAUUAUUUUUAUCGAAGUGGCCAUAAAUACAAAUGAAUUACUAGAGAUAAUCAACUGGAGAGCUUGCAUUUUUAACACAUUUAUAGAAUUAAGCUGGAGCAAUUCCAAGAGCAUUAACAAUAUUUGCAGAGUCUAGCAAUGAAUUAUUAUAUUGUUUGGCGAUAUUAGAUAAUGGUUUAGUUUUAAUAAUCACAUUAUAAUUUGUAGUUUAUUGGAAAGCGAGAGAGAUAUCAAAGAAAUUGUGA